UGCGGAUACAUGCGUCAGUCAUGAAGUUACCGGUGGCUCCAAUGUCGAGGAGGGCCCGGAACUUAGUUGUAGACGCACCAAGGCUGGCAGCGAUGAAGUUGAGGUGGAAACGAGAUGAGUUGGCGGUGGAGAUGAUGGUGUUGAGGCGGCGUUGUUCGUUGCCUAAGCGGACAAGCCGAUCGUGUCGGGCUUGUUCCUCAACAACAUCGGAGAAGGUGAUAGUGGAUGGAUUUGGAAGAAGGGUAGAGGAGCAUGAGGCAGUGGAAGGCGUUUGCGACGUCUGGGAGUCGUCCGGUGGAGGGGGCGUCGCCGGAGAGGUGGGAGGCGAACGAAUUGUCGAUGCCAAAUGGGCCACCGGUGGGACGGAGGACGUCACCGAUGGGUGGGCCGACACACGCGAUGUCGAUGCUGGUGAUGGAGGUGGUAUCUUCGGGGGUGAUGUGGUGGAAAAAGCGGGUGCGGGAGGUGCCGGGCGGGGGCUGGUGGGGGGGGUGGAGGAGUCGAUUGUGUUGAAGCAUGCGAGAGAGGAGGUCAGCAAGGGGCAUGUCGGGUUCGUGGGCGAGGGCGGUUGCAAGGUCUUUGUGGCAUACUCGUUUGAUGCGGGAGAUGAACGCAAAGUCUGGAAUGACGGUGUGGGGGAGGUGGUGGCGGAGGGAGCGGACGUAUUGGACGAAGCGGUCCGUGGGACCGGUCUGGCGGAGGUGGCAGAAUUGUUCAAGGUAGUCGUCAAUGGUUUUCUUGGGGCGGAAGGUAGCAGUGAGGAGGUUGGCCCAUUGGAGGAAGGUGUGACGUGGUCCUUCGGAGGCUCGGCGGUUGCUAACUUCAACCAUCCACCAUUUGGCUGCGUUGCCGAGGAGGCGGGAGGUGGAAAUGGGGAGCCAGUGGGCAAUGGGCAUGUGGUGGAGGUGAAAAGAGUUCUGAUGCUGGGUUAGGAAGAGGAAAACGUCCUCGUGGGGGAGACCGGAGAAGGACAUGAUUUCGCCAGAUCGGAAGGAACGGGGGAUUUCCCCGUCGCG